UUUGUCAUCUUUACUAUUUUUGUGAUAUUAAAUCUUUAUAAAUUUGUUUUAAAUAGAGUUUUAAAAUUGUGUUUAAAAUAACAUGCUUCACAUACACCAUGUGUGUGUGGGUGUAAGGUACCUAUUAACUAUCUGGGAUUGGUUACAGAAACAUAAAGAAAUUACACCUACACUAAUGGUAAUUUCUAGUACUAACUACAAUUCUUAAAUCUUUUUAGUUCUACUAAGAAGUCUUAUCCCUUGUAGUUUCACUGAUCAUUAAUCAGUUUGUUGGUUCUCAAAGUUGUGACUCAGUUUCUAAAAAUAUUUUUAUUGCUUACCUAUCUACAUCCUCUGCUAGGAUUUGAUUGCAGUUUAAAUUAUGCAAUUAAAUCAGUUACUUUUUUGUAAUUUCCUCUAAUAGUUUGAUAAGAAAAUUAAAUUAAUUAUGAAUUUAUAAAUAUAAUACCCAGUAGAAAGUGCUUUAGAACAAAGAAUAUCAUUUCUUUGAACUUUAAUAAAAUAUAAUGGAGGCGCCGUGGUCGAAAAGCUUUUUAAGAAACUGCCUAAUUUUAAGCAUAAUAAGUACAGUUGUGAUAGCCCAGUUAACUCAAAGAUUCAGCUCUCCAAAUCCCUGCACAUCGAAAGGAAAAUGUCACGAGUGCAUACAAACGCCGGGCUGUGCGUGGUGUUACGACCCAAAUUUCGGUGACGGGCCGCGUUGUUUCCAACCGUCGCUGGAAUAUCAACAACAAAAGAAAUGUCUUGAAGAGUUUGUUCUUAAUCCCGAUAAUAUCCUCAGCGUUUUAAGUAAUUUAGAGCUGACAAAAGCUCGUAAAGGAAACGCCGCAGUCGGUGGUACGUUGGUAACGGGAGUCGAAGGUAGUUACAACGCAUCUGAACACUGGUCAGUACACGGUUCAGAAACUGGAAGCGCCGGAGGUGGUGGAGCUGCCGGUAGUGCUGGUGGAAAUAUAGUACAAGUCGCACCUCAAAGACUGAAUUUGAAAUUAAGAGCAAGACAAUCCUACAGCAUUUCGAUGCAAUAUACUCAAGCAGAAGAUUACCCCGUGGAUCUUUAUUACCUCAUGGAUCUCAGUAAAUCUAUGUACGACGAUAAAGAAAAACUGUCUUAUUUAGGUGAUAGUUUGGCUAAUACAAUGAAGAAACUCACUUCGAAUUUCAGGCUGGGUUUCGGUAGCUUCGUUGACAAAGUUGUCAUGCCUUAUGUUAGUACAUUGCCUGAAAAGUUGCGGCGCCCCUGUGAUAAUUGUGUAGCUCCUUAUGGAUUUCGACACCAUAUGACUCUUGACAAAAAUACGCAAUUUUUUUCACGUAUGGUCAAACAAGCUAACGUCUCUGGAAAUCUGGACGCGCCCGAAGGCGGUUUCGACGCUAUAAUGCAAGCUAUAGUUUGUCGUAAUCAAAUCGGUUGGAGAGAACAAGCUAGAAGACUGUUAGUGUUUUCCACUGAUGCUAGUUUUCAUUACGCUGGAGAUGGAAAGCUUGGAGGCAUAGUGAAACCGAACGAUGGCAAAUGCCACUUAUCCGGUGAUGGUUUUUACACGGAAUCAUCUUUUCAAGAUUAUCCUUCUAUCGAACAAAUAAAUCUGAGCGUCAAGAAAAAUUCCAUAAACGUAAUUUUCGCCGUUACGAAAUCCACCAUAGAAAUAUACGAACAACUUGCGAAAACUAUAGAAGGUGCUUCUGUCGGUAAAUUGGAAGGCGAUAGUUCCAACAUCGUUACGUUGAUAAAAGAACAAUACGAACAAAUUUCAUCGACGGUUGAGAUGAAGCAUAACGCCUCAAGCGCUUUGAGCAUCAAAUUCUUUUCUAGGUGUUUGAACGCCUCCGGGGCGUUGGUUAAUACCAACAAAUGUGGCAAGAUAAAGGUAGGAGACGUUGUUAGUUUCAAAAUCGAUCUCGAAGUUUUAGAAUGUCCCAAAAACCGAGCGGAUCAUUUCCAAACGAUAAAAAUUUACCCAGUCGGUAUAAACGAAAGUCUGAUAAUAGAUUUGGAAAUGUUGUGCGAAUGUAAUUGCGAACGACCUGGAGAUAAGUAUUAUAAAGAACAAGCGCCGGCUUGUUCGUCUAUGGGUACGUACAAAUGCGGUAUCUGCGAAUGUUACCCCGGUGCUUUCGGACCCCAUUGCGAAUGUCUUCCCGACGAAUUACCGACUAAUAUUACGGCGACCGACUGCAUCCAACCGGACAUACCGAACGCAAUCGAAUGUUCCGGUAGAGGGCAGUGUGUGUGUAAGAAAUGUAUUUGCGAAUCUAGGCUCAGCGAGAACGAAAGAAUUUAUGGUAAAUAUUGCGAAUGCGACAACUUCUCAUGCGAACGUCACGACGGUAAACUAUGCAGCGGUGCCGAUCACGGUAUUUGCGAUUGCGGUGUUUGUCAUUGCAAAGACGAAUGGACUGGUACGAAUUGCGCUUGUAUCAAAUCGAACGCUUCUUGUUACGCCCCAGGUGUUAUCGAUGGUAAAAUUUGUUCGGGACAUGGUAGAUGCGAAUGCGGUGUUUGUAUUUGCGACAGCAAUGAAGAAGGUCCUUAUUCAGGAAAAUUCUGCGAUAGGUGUCCGACAUGUUCGGAUAGAUGUUCCGAGUUCAAAGAAUGUGUCCAAUGUCAACAGUACCAAACAGGACCUCUUAAAAAUCCUGAAGACUGUUCCAGUAAUUGUACAAAGUUCACCCCUUCCUCAGCCGAUGUGAUUACUGUUGAUGCCAAAAAUAGCGAAGUGCUAUGUGCGUAUUACGAUGAGGAUGAAUGUAGAUUCAAAUACGUUUAUUAUUUUGAUACCGAAAAUAAAAUUCAAGUGAGAGCGCAAAAGAAUAGAGAUUGUCCUGAAAAGGUAUAUGUUCCUGGUAUCGUAUUGGGUGUAAUAGCAGCAAUCGUUCUUAUUGGUAUGGCUGUUCUUUUGCUAUGGAAACUAUUGACUACAAUACAUGAUAGAAGAGAAUUCGCCCGGUUUGAAAAAGAAAAAAUGAUGGCAAAAUGGGAUACGGGUGAAAAUCCUAUCUAUAAACAAGCUACUUCGACAUUUAAAAAUCCAACCUAUGCCGGAAAAGGUUAAUCUACAACAGGAUCUAGUAUUUUUUAAAAUUUUUACUGCCAUUUACAGUGAUGGAUCGAUACUGCUGAACAAUGUUUAAUUUACUCAGUACUAUCAUAAAUUGAUUUUAAAAAAAAGCAGUAUCUGCAUCUAAAAAUCCAGCUUUAAAUCGGUGGAUAUCUUAGUUGUACAUAAAUUGUAAUAAAGAGGCCAAACUAUUAGAUUUGAAAGCACAUGUAUUGAUUUUUCAAAAAUUUUCUUCAUUUUUGAACUCGUAAAAUUUUAUUUUUCUUUCCAUCAUAACUUCCAUUAAAAUAUUGUUGGGAACUUGAUUCAAAAGUUGUGCAAAUGCUUCAUGAUUUUAAUUCAGAAAUUUGAAAUGCAAUUUUUCAACCUAUAUGAGAUUGUCAGCCUCCAGAAUAUCUUCUAUACAUAUUAACAUUUUCUUAUAAUUUUGAAUAUUUUUUCUGUUCAACUUGUUUUGUAUUUGAAAAUUUUUUCCAUUUUUCAAAUAUUAAUAACAAAUUUUUUUCUAUAGAUUUUUUAUUCACUUACAACUAGGUGAUGUAAAUACUUCUAGUAAUAUACAGAAUAGUCACAAAAAAUCUUAUGCCUCCUCUUUUGUUUAUUUUAGUAAAAUUUUUGUCGAACUAUUGACUGUACACUAUUGAUUGGUUUGAUUAUUGUGAAAAUUGGUGCUUAAUGGAAAAUGUUAGGAAAAUCAAUACAGUUUUAUUAAAUUUGUUCGGAUUUUAAUAGUGAUUUUUAAGAUAUUCAUCCAACUGUUCCGUAAACUUCCGUGCCAUAAUAAUAUAACACACUGUAUUUGAAUGAUAUUUUUAUUGUUUUGAAUUGAAAAAUCGUGUUUCCAAUUAUUGCUAUUGUAUAUAUUAUUAUCAGGAACGGGUCUCUAUGAUUCUCUAAAAAACCACCCCCACAAGCAGCAAAUACUACAAAAAAAAUAUUUUUUUCAUUUCAUUAUAUCUCCACAUAAUGUUUAGAAAAAUUUAUUGAAUAUAAAGGACCAGAAGAUACUUCAGUGUGUGCCCGGCUUAUAAUAAUAAUAAUGUGGCGUUUUCGAGGUACCAUAUGUUAGAAUUUAGUACCAUAUAUGUACCAAUAAUUGGAUUAGUUGCCUUUCAGUUGUUUUUUUUAACCGAAUUUAUGAAUUAAACGAAAAUAUACCUCUCCUUGUUUAUAAAAACAUCGCAUUUCAUGGAAAAAUGUCUGUUUCCAAAGUUAUUGGCCAAUUAAUGUAAACUAAGCUAAAGUAAACCUAACCUAACUAAAAUAUAGGUCUGUUCUUCGGUUCCCAAUUUCAACGUAAAUAAAAGUUUAACAAACAAAAAUUAAACAAUUGAUUUUUUCUAACUGUACUUCUUUGUCCUCCUUGGCCAUAAGCCCAAAAAUAGGACCCCCAAAGUGAAUCAUUUUGUUUAUGAGGAUAAAUGGAUUGUACGACCUCGAAAACGCCAAACUAACGAUUUUCAACCAGGAACUGUAAUCAAGAAUCAUUUCAGGUACUUUUUUCGAUUGAUAUUUCAAAUUUCGGUUUUCCAAACAAUAAUAUACAUUUGAACUACCAGACCUGUUUUGACAACUAAUUAUUAUUGGAUUUUAUCGAAUUAUAAAUAUUUUGAGGUUAAGUUGUUUCGAAUUUGGAUGUUUUUAUCUUAUUACUGGUGUACAUGGCUAAUACAAGAGAAGAACUAAUAAAAGCCGUCAACAAAUUGGGAACAGAAGCAGGAAAUGUCGGUCUAGAAAUGAACCAAAAAAAAUCAAAUACAUGAAGAUAGCAGAAGAAGACGAAAGAAGAAUGGACCACCUAAGGACACAGGACACAGGUAUCCUCGUUCAAUUAUUUAGGGAUAACAAUGAGACAUACGUCUAAAGGAACGAUAAGGGAGAGAAUACAAAAAGGAUAUCAAACAUAUGGAAAAAAUAAAAAGUAACUCAAAAGCAAGGAUAUUAGUGAACGAACAAAAUAAGAAAAUAUAACAUAUUAAUAAGACUAAUGAUUUCGUACGCCAUGGAACCAACUGUCAUAAAUAAAAAGGAAGAAGAAGACCUGAAGAUAAUCGAGAGAAAAAUCCUGAGAACUAUAGUCUAACCAAAUAUCAUAGGAGGUGGUGAGAGAAAAUUGAAUAAAAAUAAAGAAAUGGGAGGAGAAAAUAUAAUAAAAGCACAAAGACUAAUCACGAGAGGGAAACAUACAGAAAUGGUGAAGAGGAUACCACAACGGAUACCUCUAUGGCCAAAAGACAGGCAGACCUGGAGAUAUUAAAUUGAAGAAGAUACCAGAAUCCUAGAAAUAGUAAACUGGAAAGUCAGAUGAAAAAACGAAAAGAAUUGAGAAUAAAGCUGACAAACGAAGCUAGGACCAACAAAAAACUAUAACAAAAGAACAAGGGGAGUAAUCGACCCCAAUAAAGGGAUAUAGGCGCCCCAAGCGCUUACCAUACCAUACCUAACCUAACCAUAUUCCAAGAGAUUAAACGGCAUGAUGAUGAUUGGAGUACAUGAACUAAUUGUGAUACAAUUACAAUAGUAAUUAAUUUAUCAACUUACUUUGAACUUAUUAAUAAGAAAUGUAUUAAUCUAAAUCUUGGAUUUCGAGUGUAGUUCUCAAAAUACUUUAGAAAUUUUAAUAUUCGUUUUCCGUUUUAUCAUAAAAGUUACUGAAGUGGUUUUUGUACAGAAAAAGUGUAUCAAUUCUCAAACGUUCAUGGUUCAGUUUCUUGUAGGGCACCAUGUAGAUAUAUUUAAAUGAAAAUAACUGCCGUACUUAUUUAGAAUUGUCCCUAAUAUAAAAUCAAAAAAUAUUUAUUGUUUUUGAUAUUUUAAAAAUAAUUUUUUUUGGAAAAAAUUUAAUGGUUUUUAAUUGUAGAUUUAUAAACUUAUUUGUAAUGCAAUAUUAGAUCUGACUUUUUAACAAUCCUUGUUGAAUUUUUAAAUUUGGUAACAUUUUUAGUUUCGAAAAUGUAUUUUUGAAUAUUUUAUUUAAAAAAAUGUGCCUAUUUCUCGAAUUAAGUGUCUUAACAGGACUAAUUAUACAAGGAGUUCAUCCAUUUUUCAUAAAUUUUAAAUUUCUACAUAUAUUUUUUCUUAUUAUUGCACUAAAUAGGGUAUCUCAAAUUUUUUGGUCAGUUUUUAUGGUUUUAAAAAGGUAUCCCAAAAAUUGAUGCAAGAUUUUUAAUUAAAUAGAAAAUAUAGUUAUCAGUCUUUAUUUGUAAGUAGUUAGUAAGUUGAAGUACACAGAAUAAGGUUAGGUUAGGUGUUUAUUAUAAAACUAACAUAACUUAACUUAACAAAGGUUUUGCUGGCUUAUACACAUUUUUUUGUUGAAUAUUUUAAUGACCAGCCCUGGUACAGUCUCCUUGAGUUUUUCAAUCAAUCCUUUUACAUUUAAAGUGGUGAAAAUACUAAUGCCAUCAUAUUUUGUAUAAAAUUUUUAUAUAGGAACUACCAAAGUUUCAAUUACCUUUCUACUUUUUCAGAACUGAAAAUGUGUGUAACAUGUAACGUUCCAUAUUUGAUAAUCCUAAACUUUUAGCUGAUAUAUUUCUUUUUUUCUGUUUUUAUGAAAAAUUUACCUCAAAAAUGGAAUAAACUAAAAUCUUGCAUUACUUUUAGGACACUCAUUAUAAAAAUUUUUCAUAUUGGAUAUUUAUGCUUAUGAAAAAUGUGAUGAUCAAUAUUUUUAUACAUAUAUUUUUUUUACAAUUGUUAAUGUUACUUAUAUAUGAUAUUUAUGUCUAACUUUUUACGAGUUUAAUAAGAAUCUCUAAUGAAUAUUCAGAUAAAGCACAAGAUUUUUUAAAAGGACUCGUGCACUAGUUUUCCCCGACAAACCCUAAUUGUCACGGUAGUUAGAUUUUUCUUCAGGUAUUUUUAAAAUUACCCAAAAACUUGCCUUUAAACUUUUUGAGGUGCUAAUUAUUGAUGUUGAUUUUAAAGCAGGACGAUUCUAUAUUUGAUUAAAUUGUCGUGAGCUUAUUUGAACAUUCAUUUAACGAAGCGUAGUACUUAAGUAACGCAAGUCAUAAAUAUUAGGUAUGUCUUUUACUAAAUUAUUAUUUUCCUUGUAAUAUAUUUGUAAAACUUUUGUUUGCAUGGGAGCUUAACAGCCAUUUGUCGUAUAUAUAAAUAUUUACAUGUUUUUAGCUAAUACUUUAUAAAAAAAAUUGUUAGCGUAACAUUAUGUGAAUCUUAUUCUUGAUCGACUGUUAAUUGAUUGUUUAGAUUUAUUGAAAAAGUGGAUAAUAAAAGGAAUUGUUUUGAUAAUCAA